AGUCAGUUGUCAAUUUAUCGGUAGGAAAUUGUUACAAAUUUUUGGCUGAAAACUAAAUUUUAUAAAAUGUAUACUGUGUCUAAAGGACCAAGCAAGAUUGUUGCAAAAACUCGCAGAGGACUUGCACAGAAUUUAGAAAGACUCGAUAGUCGAAAGGAUCAUAACAGAAAGUCUUCGGAUUCAGACAAUGGAGAGAUUAUAGCAAUGCCAAAACCUGUUUUUCAUUCCAAUGGUAAAAAGACUGUACACCAAAAAGUACAAUACAAUGUGAUAACACCACAACAUGAAGAAAUGAUAAAAUAUAUCAGUGAAACCUGGACACAAACAGCCAAUGCGGACAGUGAACCAUCAACACCUACAAGUACAAUAGGAUCAGGCAGCUCAUCGCCUGCGCCCCCCUCAAGUCUAUACUAUCAAGAUGAAGCACCGAGUCCAGUGCUUCACGACUUCAAACCCUUCGACCUGGAGACGUGGUGGGGCAAGCGGCUGUUCCACAACAUCACCAGCUCUCUCUGAGAGCGGAGACCAGCGUACCGCAGGUCGGGCACAUGAAACAACAACUCACAAUCAAUUGCAGUUUACUAAAUUGUGAUAUUACAUAAUAGAUUAUAUUUUUGUGAUGUAAUUUUAUUGGGCAUGAUGAUAGUCUACACUCUACAUGUUCUGAUCAUAUCAAUAUUAUCCAAUUUUGUAUUAAUGCAUAGAUAGCCAUUGGCGAUUUUGUGUGCUAUUGGGGAGUUUUAUUCACAAGCAGGUUGACUGUUGUCAUAACAUUUCUUUUGGGGUUAAUAAAUAAGUUAAUGAUAACAAAACUGGCAUGUCAUAUUAUCAUGACUGCAGGAAUUCAAUGCAAUAGCCACAGUGUAAAAUAGUGCAGAGUAUGCAAGCCUAAAUGUAAGUCAAUCACCAUGCAUUUGUAUAUUUUAUACUGUUAACAGUUAAAACAAAUUCCCUGUUAGUACAAUGGGCAUAAUUUAAGUCAUCAACAGUAAUAUUUUAACCUUUUUGCUUUUAAUUGUCAUUUUAUAUUAAAAAAUAAUUUAUUUUAAAAACUUCUGAUAUACAAUAAAAUAAUGUCCUCUAUAUACAAUUCUGUAAAUAUAUUUUUAAUUUAGUAAUCUCCAAUUGAUUGUGGAUCUCAGUAGGUAACAGUUACAAUAAGAUUAAGCUCAAUAUGUAUUGCAAUUCAAACUAUACACUAUACAGCAUGUAUCUGCCUGACGCUAGUUUGCUGUACAACAAAUCGGUGCAUUUGCCAAAAAUUUGGUAGUAAGAUAAGCCUAGAGAUUUAACUACGUUAUUUUUCAAAUUCAAUAUAAAACCUAUGAAAAAUUAAAUUAAAUUUAAACAAUUUUCAAAGCUGGCAAGAGUUUCAUACAUACUGUAUAAUACCAAUAUUCUUAAGUUUGUUGCUGGUAUGAAUGUUAUUUUAUUUACCUAAUUUUGUCAUUUUACAUUGUUAUCACACGUUUUUAUAAGAUGGUUGCUAUCUUUAAUUCUUCGUCAGAAAUAAAUUUACCAUAAUGAUAAAAUUCUUGGAAUUUGCUGGCAAAUACAAAGAAUUCAUAUUGGAAUUAAAUUUAUUUUUGCUUAAUUCAGUUUUUAGUACAAUAAAUUAAUGUACGCGUGUCUUUUGAAAAUUUAAACUUCCUAUUUAAAUUAUAUCUCUUAUUUAGUACCAAAGUCGAAGGCAGCUUUUAUACCAGUCAUUUUUAAUUUUUGGACACAUUAUCUAGUGUUGCCAUUUCAUUA